GACACAACACAUCAUCAGUCACACGUUAAAAAAAAAAGAACAAAACAAACUUUUAUUAUUUCUUGUCUCAGGAAUACAGUAGAUUGCUGUGCACAGCACAUACGUACAAAAAUUAAAGGAACAAAAAUAAUUAGCAAUGUCUGCCCACAGAAACAAAUCACUACAGUUUGUUUCUUCUUGUUUUACAGUGAUCAGCAAACCAAAACUAAGGCAGGAGGUGAGGUAUAUGAGAACAAAGGAAUCGAGAACAGAUGAAGCACGCGCCUCAAAACUCAGGCUGCUGCUGUACAUUCAAACAUAAAACGACAUUUUCCCUACCGUCACUUAAAUUAAACUGAAAAUAAGAUGUGGAAAGAAAAAUAAAUAGCAAGAAUUUUUUUUUUUUUUUCCUUUUUUGUUUUAAUAAGAUUUGGAUCAAAGCUGAACGCUGAGUUUUAAGUGUCAAACAUGUUUAUUUGCUUUUGUUUACUGAUCAAGAUGUCCGCCUUAAAGUGCUACUAGAGACAUCAGACUUCUUGAUGUGCAAGUUUAACUUUUACUUUCUUAGCCUAAAUCAAAUUCCAAGGAAUCUCCAAAGGAACUAGCAUGCAGCCUCAUCUACAAAUUCGUAUCUUUGUUUCUUUUAGGAAAGCUUCUUCGUCCUUCUGCGCUGAAGCGGUUUUACGUGCGAGGAGACAUGAAUCCAAAAGGCGUGUCAGCAUGAGGUCAGGACAGACGGGGGGUUUGCAGCAGCAGAGGUGAGCUCAGCACCUGCAUCAUCACAGACUGCAUCAACUCUGCAAAGGUCCUCGCUACAGAAACACCACCGCUUUGAGGAAAGAGCAGGAAACAUGGAUGGACCCCACCUGUCCAACCUGCAGAGACCCUGCAUCCACAGAUUCGCUGAUGUGGGUGGAGAUAGAGAGAUUAACCAGCUUGAAGAAAACUUUCUGCCACUUGUUUUCAGAGCAGAAACGUCCCAGCCUCUGCAGCAGGAUGAGAUCCGGCUGGGUCAGAGGUUUGCUGAUGCUCUUUGUUGUGGUUUCUGCUCUGGUUUACCUGAGCUCCAUAAAAGCAGAGUUUCACUCCCACUCAGAGAGGCUGCAGAGAGCCCAGCACAACGACUCCAUCCGGGGGCAGGGGAUGAUCCGCAGGAUGGACAGGAUGGAAGAGGACAUCAGCACGCUGCUGGACCUGAUGAAAAAGUUUGAAAAGAAGGAGCAGGAGGAAGAGAAAGGGGUCAAAGUGAAGGAGAAGAAGCUGGUGAAGAAGUUGUACCCAAACUCCCGUCUGUUCAGCAAGUGGGGCGACGAUCUGUCGGAGGAGGAGCAGAAAGAGGCCGAGGGUUUGUUCCAGCGAUACGGAUACAACGCCUUCCUGAGUGACCGGCUGCCGCUCAACAGGGACAUUCCUGACACCAGGCCGCCGAGAUGUGCAGAGAAACAGUAUCCAGAGGAUCUGCCCUCCCUCAGUGUGAUCUUGAUCUAUCUGGAUGAAGCCCUUUCUGUCAUCAAGAGAGCCAUCCGCAGCGUCAUCGACAAGACGCCUACCCGGCUGCUGCGAGAAAUCAUACUGGUGGAUGAUCACAGCUCCAACGAUGAUUUAUUGGACAAGCUGGACUUGUACAUUAGCUCCAUCCAUGAGGAGCGGCCCGGUCUGGUGAGGAAGAUUCGGCACUCUGAGCAGCUCGGCCUGACCCAGGCUAGACUGACGGGGUGGAAAGCUGCAGUGGGAGAUGUGGUGGCCAUCUUGGAUGCACACAUAGAGGUCCAUGUUCAGUGGGCAGAACCCCUGUUGGCUCGGAUUAAAGAGGACCGCACCGUGAUACUGACACCAGUUUUUGAUAAAGUUGACUUUGACGACUUGAUAGUGAUUCCUUAUAUGGCUAGUGCUGAUGGCUUUGACUGGGCCUUAUGGUGCAGUUAUGAGGGAUUCAGACCCGAGUGGUACGCCUUGAAGGACGAAACCCAACCUGGCAAGAGCCCGUCCGUCAUGGGAAUACUGGUUGCAGAUCGGAAGUUUUUCGGAGAAAUCGGAAGCCUUGAUGGCGGGAUGAAGAUAUACGGAGGUGAAAACGUGGAGCUCGGCAUCCGGGUGUGGCUGUGUGGAGGCAGCAUAGAGGUCAUUCCCUGCUCCAAGGUCGCUCACAUCGAACGCUUUUAUAAGCCCUAUGCCCCGGACCUGAGCCCCUCGGUGAGGCGCAACGCCCUGAGGGUGGCAGAGGUCUGGAUGGACGACUACAAAUACAACGUGGACGUGGCCUGGAACCUCCCCAUCGGGAAUCAUGGAAUUGACAUCGGGGAUGUUUCUGAGAGGAAGAAGCUGAGGGAGAGGCUGAAGUGUAAACCCUUCCAGUGGUACCUGGAUAAUGUUUACCCCGUGCUGGAACCACUGCAGGACCUGCUGGGCUACGGAGCUCUGAUUAAUGACCUCCGGCCCGAUCAGUGUGUGGAUCAGGGCCCGGUUCCUGGCUCCACACCCAUCCUCUAUGGAUGCCACUACUUCUCCUCUCAGCACUGUUAUUACAUCACUGAUGGAAAACUUUACAUCGGUGGGAUCAAAUCACACAAAUACAACAGCAACAACUGUCUGGUGGAUCCUGGUUCAGGAGUUUCACCAGGACUGUAUCAGUGCAACCUGGCCCAGCAGAAGAAACUCCACAUGUUUUGGGACUUCAAACAGGGAGGACAGAUCCAGAACAGAGACACCAAGAGAUGUCUGGAAGUAGUGAUGGGAGACAUGGACAUCAGACUGGUUCUCCAGCAGUGCAGCGGUCAGAGAUGGACGAUACAACAUGUGAUUACGGCACAGAAACGGCACAUCAAUUCAGAGAAACAGGUACUGUGACCUGCAAGGCCAGUGCUCCAUUAGAAGAGGCAACAUCCUGGCAUUUUUUUAUUAUAGUUCAAGUCAAACAGGAUCAGUUAUGAUUAGACGGUCAUGAAUUAUCAGAGAUGAAGGCGUCCCAUUUGUUUUGCCACAGGGUGAAAGCUCUGUCUUUAAGUUGAUCUGGUAGGGAGCUGUACCUGCAAACAGAGAUGACCAAAACUCAGGACAGCUGUAAAAAUGAUCAUCUUAAGCUUCUGUGUAUCUAGAAUCUACGGAAGAGGAUUAGGGCCACUGAGAUUAAAUGAGAAUAUCUUGAGAUUUUUUUUUUCUAGAUAAAAAUCUAGAUUUUUAUCUCAAGAUGAGAUUUCUCUUUUAAAAAAUCUAGAUAAAUCUAGAAACUGAUACAAUCUAGAUUUUUCUAGAUUUUGUCUAGAAAAAAAAAAGAUUGAUGUUAUGCACACAAUCUUUUUUUUCCCCUGGAUUUUCUAGAUAAAAUCUAGAUAGUUUUUCUAGAUUUCCCAAAACUAAAAAUCUGGAUUCUAUCUAGAAAAAUCUAGAUUAACUCUAGAUUAAACAACUCAGGGUUUUCUAGAUUUUUAUUUUUUUUUUCCCCUAGCGAAAUCUAGAAAACUGAGAUUCUUAUCUACUAUGUACUAUGACGUCGAAAUUAUGUCUCAUCUCGAGAUAUCUCAUUAGCCACUUUAAUCUUAGAAUUCUGAGAUUAAAGUCAGAACUGUUUUUUUUUUCCCCAGUGGCCCUAAUCCUUUUCCUUCAGUCGUCUCUUGUCACCGAUGUGAAGGAAUAGAUGAUUUUGUGUUUGAUGGUCCCAGCAGCUACGUAAACAGAAAAUCCUCUGUUCCUUCACAUGAAUGACGAAAGACGACUGAAAGAACAAAGCAGAUGACUUCAUCUUUCUAGCAAAAACUCUGCAGCAAUUCAAACAUUGAGCUGAACGUAACAGAAAUGUUUGUUUUUCUAAAUCCAUUAUCUGUGUUCUUCUCUAUGAACCCAAAUAUGUAUUUGCAUUCAUUAAUGUGCAAUCUCUGUAAAUUUAUCUUCAAAUUGUACAAAUAAAAAGUGAAAGAAAAA